CUCGUAGAAGGCACCGUAUGGGUGUUCUCUGGAAGAAUUCAUGGUUGUGAUGGGCGAUUUGCGAUAGGGAUUGAAUUCAACGAGGUCUCUGCUGGUAAAGGGAACGUAUCUCAACAGGGUGAGCCUACUUCCCGUGUCCGCGAAGAUUGGAGGGUUCAGAUGGGAAGUUGUUGAUCAACCAUAAUUGAAAUAUUACGCCAUCUUCUUGUUGGCAAGAGGGUCUAGGCUCUCAAAGAUGUAUGAGCAUUGUACUUAGUGGAUUUUGUAAGUUCUUCCUCCGAACCAAACCACCUGAUAAUCCGUAACUACGUAGUCUCUUAAAUAGUUAAUGGACAUCGUGCGUGCAUCGAAAGUGUCGAAGAAGCACCGUCACCCAGAAUUUGAUUGCGUAUGCAAAACAAAGCCAGACCCCACUACGGAGUAGUGGCACUACACAUUGUUGAGAUACGGGGACCUGGUUUGCAGAGGCCACUACUAUGGGGAUUGAGGGAGACGCGUCGCACAUUUUGAUUGGAAUGCAGCGAAAUCCAAGCAUGCAGAUUGCAGAAGGCGGGAACUUGGUGCAGCCAGAUAGAUCAAUAAUAUGAAACAGGAAUGCGAAUAGUUGAUAGUGGGCCCGGGCAACGAAUGUCGGUGUUAGGAAACUUGUAGGGAGGGAGUCAAGCUUAUUUAACUAGUUAAGUAUUUAAAUGACGACAACAUCGAAAAUGAUCGACCAGCUCCCCCUCCAUGCCCACUCAUCCCUCCCCAACUGCGCUCUUCGUCCAUUUUCCCUUCCGCAACCACACAAAAUAUAUAGUGAGGGUCACGUCACUUGGUAGCUUCAUCUCUGAAUCUUGUCCUCAGACCUUCAGCUCUCUCUGUUCCUUGGCCCCCUUACCUCGCCAUCGACGGUAGCAUACCCCGCAAUCGCCUCCACAACUCUCAUAGCUUCCCCAAUACAGCUCAAGCAAACUUCAUCCCAGCGCGAAUCAUGACUGUUGGCAGUGUUCUUGUUACUGGUGGAACCGGCUACAUUGGCUCCUUCACCGCCUUGGCACUACUCGAGGCCGGAUACAAAGUCGUCAUCGCAGACAAUCUGUACAAUUCCUCUGAUGAAGCCAUCAAUCGCAUCGAGUUGAUCUGUGGCAAGCGCCCAGAUUUUGUCAAGAUCGACAUCACCAAUGAGGCUGAUCUAGACAAGGCCUUUGAGCAACACCCGGACAUUGACAGCGUCAUCCACUUUGCCGCACUCAAGGCCGUUGGCGAAUCUGGCGAAAAACCACUCGACUACUACUACGUCAACGUUUACGGAUCGAUAUGCCUCCUACGUGCAAUGAAGCGACACAAUGUCACGAACAUUGUCUUCUCCAGCUCUGCCACCGUCUAUGGUGACGCAACCCGAUUUCCUAACAUGAUACCCAUUCCUGAAGAAUGCCCUCUUGGCCCAACCAACCCAUACGGAAACACCAAAUUCGCCGUUGAGACCGCGAUUACGGACUUCAUCAACUCAGAGCGAAAUAACGCCACCAAGGCCGGAAAGCUAGAAGAGGCUGAGAAAUGGAACGGCGCCCUGUUGAGAUACUUCAACCCAGCAGGAGCGCACCCAAGUGGAAUCAUGGGAGAAGACCCCCAGGGUGUACCAUAUAACUUGCUACCCCUCUUAGCGCAGGUAGCCACAGGAAAGAGAGAGAAACUCCUUGUAUAUGGAGAUGAUUACGCCUCCCACGACGGCACAGCAAUCCGCGAUUAUAUUCACAUCCUCGACCUAGCCGCCGGCCACCUCCAAGCCCUCAACUACCUUCGCGCCAACCACCCAGGCGUGCGCGCCUGGAACCUCGGCACCGGCAAGGGCAGCACCGUUUUCCACAUGGUUAAAGCCUUCAGCGCCGCUGUGGGCCGCGAUCUCCCCUACGAAGUCGUUGGCCGUCGUGCUGGUGACGUACUUGAUCUCACCAGCAACCCAAGCCGCGCCAACCGCGAGCUUGGCUGGAAGGCGACCAGAACGCUGGAAGAGGCCUGUGAAGAUCUGUGGCGGUGGACCAAGAAUAACCCGGCGGGAUAUAGACAGCAGCCACCACAGGAUCUGCUGGAUAAGUUGAAGGUGGGAAAAUAAAUUAGAUUUUUCCCUCCUUUUCUCCUCUUCUCCUUUCUGGUUAAAGAUGUGUGACGUGGAACAGGAAAUAAUGGUCCUCUUUCUUGUUGCUUCUCCCUUGCCCUUGCCCCC